AUGCGCAAUUUUCCAGAGUUGAUAGUCUUCGGAUUUACCAUCCUCAACGCCGUCAAUGCCCGUUUACAGUCUCGUUCCUACAAGACUCAUGAUUAUUUUGCCCUGCACCUGCGCGGCCAAACCUCUCCGGCAGAGAUCGCCCUCAAAUGGGGGAUCCAAUAUACAGGGCCGAUCGGCGAGCUCUCGGGACACCAUGUCUUUUCCGUUCCCAAAGAUAAGCACACUGGCCUUGAGGAUACACUGUUGAUAUCUCAUGAAGACAUCCAAUGGGUAACAAAACUGAGAACCGGCACAAGUCUUCAAAAAAGAAUACCAUCGCAACCUCUGGCUCAGCCGUCUGAAGCCUACCUCCUGGGUCAACCUGACCCAGAGGCUGUCCAAGCCCAGGAGCAAGUUGCGUCGGUAUUGGGGAUCUCCGAUCCGACCUUCCGGUAUCAGUGGCAUCUACUGAAUACAGUGCAACUAGGGAACGAUCUGAAUGUGACCGGGGUCUGGUUGGAGGGGGUGACCGGCGAAGGAAUCACCACAGCCAUCAUUGAUGACGGCUUGGAUGUAGACGCCUUGGAUCUGCGACCAAACUAUUACGCAAACGGGUCUUAUGAUUUCAACGAUGAUGUGCCUGAACCUAGACCUCGUCUUCGCGAUGACCAUCACGGCACCCUCUGUGCGGCGGAAAUUGCAGCUGCCAAGAAUGACAUUUGCGGUGUCGGAGUCGCAUACAACAGCCGAGUUUCAGGGAUUCGGAUGCUCUCUAAAGAUGUAGAUGACGUGGAUCAAGCGACGGCUAUGAACUAUGACUACCAAAACAAUGAUAUCUACUCUUGUUCCUGGGGUCCUGAAGAUGAUGGCCGUACGAUGAAGGCCCCGGGAGUUCUGGUCCAACGAGCUAUCGUAAAUGGGGUGCAAAACGGACGAGGCGGAAAAGGCUCGAUCUUUGUAUUCUCGGCAGGAAACGGGGGCAGCCAAGAUGAUAAUUGUAACUUCGAUGGCUAUACGAACAGCAUCUAUAGUAUCACGGUGGGCGCGAUCGAUCGGAUGGGGACACACCCGCGGUAUUCGGAGUCGUGUUCUGCUCAACUGGUGGUUGCAUAUAGCAGCGGCUCGGGAGAUGGGAUCUAUACGACUGAUAAUGGAGAUCGAUGUACUGCUCUCCACAGCGGUACUUCAGCAGCUGGGCCACUGGCGGCAGGAGCCAUCGCCUUAGCUCUUAGUGUACGGCCGGAUCUCACCUGGCGAGACGUUCAGCAUCUGAUGGUUGAAACGGCGGUUCCGGUUCAUGAAUCUGAUGGGACUUGGCAGGUUGGUGCUGGUGCUGGCGACAAGAUGUUCAGCCAUGAUUGGGGGUAUGGGAAGGUAGAUGCUUAUGCUCUGGUUCAAAAAGCUUAUAACUGGACCCUUGUAAAGCCCCAGGCUUGGUUCCAUUCCCCAUGGCAGCAGGUAGAUGUGGAUAUCCCGGAGGGUCAUGAAGGAUUGGCCAGCUACUAUUCAAUCACAUCGGACAUGAUUCACAAGGCGAAUAUAGCUCGACUGGAGCAUGUUACCGUUACCAUGAAUGUUAAACAUACCCGAAGAGGUGAUCUGAGCGUAGAACUCAUCAGCCCCAAAGGCAUCGUGAGCCAUCUCAGCACCCCAAGAAUGCCUGAUGGGCACAGGGCUGGGUAUGUCGAUUGGGAAUUCAUGUCUGUGGCGCAUUGGGGUGAGGGAGGAAUUGGCACAUGGAAGAUCCUCGUCAAGGAUACAAAUGUGAACGGCCACAAAGGCAUCUUUAUAAAUUGGCGCCUUAAUCUCUGGGGUGAAACCGCCGAUGGCUCAAACCAGCCACUCCAUCCUUUACCAGGAGAGUCCGAAGUGUAUGACACAGAAGCAGCUACCAUGACAGCAGCUAAACACACGCUCGAAGCUGCAGCCGACACAUCUUCGGUUUCACCACCGUCCAUGACCGGUACAUUUGACGCGGAGACGACAGCAACUGUAGUAUCUCCAGCCAUCUCCACAUCGCUGGGUUCACGGCAAAGAGACCUGCUUAUUUACGUGGGGAUAUUGGCGUUGAUUGCUUUUUCUUCUCUUGCUGGUUUACUUGUUUGCAAUUACUCCCUAUGGAAGAGGGCGUGUAGUCUCAAGGGGAAAGGAAGAAGUGAUGAUUUUGGAAGCGAUAUUCGUUCUGUAGAAAAUGAUAUGUAUCCUUUAGCUGAUAGGCAGGAGUAG